GAGAGCGUAUGCUGAGCCUGACUCCAGUAUUAUAGUUUUACGGAGCCACCUAAAAGGGCUGACUCCCUCGUUUUUCCCGCACCAGCAGCAUGUCUCUUCGGUGGUCAGCAAUCCUGCUACGACGGGCGGCGACGCCACUGAUGCAGCCCUCCAGGACCCUCUACAACAGGGGAAAAUCUACCAUGGUGUCGGCAUCACUGAAAGCUGAAAUACCCUCCAUCACAUCUGCCCUUCCUGCACACCACCAUGCUGCCAAAGUCAUAUUUGACAAUGAUACUGUUGCAGACUUCAAGUACAUUUGGCUGAGGGACAACUGUCAGUGUCCCAAGUGUGUCGACCAAAGCACAAAACAGAAGUUGGUAGACACUCCCCUCCUAGACGUGAAUGUGAGGCCAGAAUCCCUCUUCAUCAACAGCAAGGGCCAGCUUGAAAUUAUGUGGUCUGAGGAGAGUGGAUCACACAAAUCUGAAUAUGAUCCUCAUUGGUUGCUGAAGUAUGGACAGUCAUUCAUACACAACAGCUUCGGGAGUGACAGCAUGGAUGUGGAAACCAUGCCUCUAAGAUCUGAGAUAGAGCGGUGGGAUCGCACCACCAUUUGGUCAAACUUUCCAGAGUUGUCUUACACUGAAAUGAUGGAAAGUGAUAGUGGCCUCAGGCAGUGGCUUGACAUAUUUUAUAAAUAUGGUGUAGCAGUCCUUCGUGGAGUACCAACAGAGGAAAAGAAGAUCACAGAGGUAGUGGAGCGAUUUGCCUAUGUGAAGGAAACCCAGUAUGGCCGAACCUUUGAUGUCAUCAACAAAACCACAGAAGGUGCCCACCUGGCCUACAGUGGACUGGCUCUGGCCCAUCACACAGACAUGAAUUAUCGAGAGAAGAGUCCAGGCAUGCAGCUCCUCCACUGUCUCAAGGCUAAUGACCCGAAGCUUUCUGAUGGUGACAUUGGAGGCCGCUCCUUCUUUGCUGAUGGCUUUCGAAUUGCUCAGUGGCUGGAAGAAAAUGAACCAGCAGCCUUCCAUGUUCUCACCUCCACACCAGUUCGAUUUUCAGUGACAAAUGAGGGGCAGCAGUACUCUGCAGUGUGGCCUGUCCUGUGCACAAAUUCAGAUGGAGACGUGAUUGAGGUGCACUACAACAACCGCACCAUGAAGCCCCUCCAAGCUCCCACCCAUGUGGUGAUACCCUUCUACCAUGCUUACAAGCUCUUCUCAGACAAGCUUCGUGACCUUUCAAGCAGUCUAGAGUUCAGCAUGGUACCAGGUGACCUAGUGGCUUUCAACAAUCGCAGGGUCCUUCAUGGUCGUACUGCCUUUAAUCCUACCAAAGUGGAUAGACACCUUGUUGGCUGCUAUGUUGACAUGGAUGAAGCCCUCUCCAAAUAUGAUUUGCUCCAGGCCAAAUUUCACACAAAAUGAUGAGAUGUGAUACCUGUCAAGGUUGUGGCAGCGAUUUAGACUAAUAUCACCAUGAACAGUGAAGAGAAGGUAUUCAUUUUAUUUACUAAGGCUAAAAAUACAUGCAAUAUUAAAAUACUGUAUAUUCUGAUAUUUAAGUUGAUAUUGCCUAUGUCAGCAACACUUUUUUCACUUACAUAAAACAUUCUUGAGAUACAGGAGUCACUUUUGAUGGCAAAUGUGUAAUCACAUCAAUAGUCUUAGUACAAGUUGAAGGUUUUAGUUGGUGACCUCAAUAUACAAAAAUUAAGGUAUUUAUAUGUCAGCUGUUUUUAUGUAAUGGCUAUGUAAAUCUGUGAUGUACAGAUCAUAAACACAUGAGUACAAUGACAUGGAUGGGAGGUGACCCAUGCUUGUGGAUAUGAUUGCUGUUUGUUUGGAGAUGCAGAUUUCUAGCAAACUUUAGGUUUGCAGCCAAUUCACAUGUUGUUCAGUCAUUACAACUAAUAAACUUGCCUUAACAAAGCA